AUGGAGGUCGCCAGCAAUAUCCUCACCAUGAACCCAGAUCACAAUCCCUUGUCGUUUCCUCUGAUUCCUCUUUUGGCCGAGAGCCCCUGCCUACUGCAUGCGGUGCAGAGUGUCAGUGCCGGCUAUGAAGUUUUCUUCCAGCAGUCAAGUCUUGAUCUCUGCUUGAGAGAACGUGGCCUCGCACUUGAACUCCUCCGCAAAGACCUCCAGGAACACACCGCCGGCAGUCCCAUCUCCCCUGCGUCUGUCCUCAGCAUCUUUGUCUUGGGUAUUUCUGCCUCAUGGGUUGAGGCCUCGCCACACACAUACGGUCAAGAGCAUUUAGUUGCUGGAAGAGUCAUACUCGAUAAACUCCUCAAAGACGAAAAGACACGGUUGGAUUCAAUUACAACAUUCCUCCUCGGGUGGUACAUCCAUUGGGAUAUGGCUUGUUCCUUGAUAGCAUCCGUGGAUGGUCUAUUACCGCUUGACCCAACUGAGUUUUCCUUGGCUCUCCAAGAAAUACAUUCUAGUUUCCAUCCAAUGGUAGUCUUCUCUACAGGACUAUUCUAUAUCCUAUCUAGACUUGGACGCUACUGUCGACAAGUUUAUGAGCAUCCACAACAACGAGACGAAGCUCUCGAAAUUGCACUCUCCGAACAGUUGAUUUCUUGGCAGCCCAUAUGCCAGGAACAGGACCAUAUUUACAUGGACGACUCUUUCAAAUACCACGGUCUGAUUAUGCUGGGCAGAGUAUGCGAGCAGGUUGGCAAGACUUCCAUCGACAAAACAAAGGCACCGGAACCAGCCUUCGAGGUUCAAGCUGAAGCUCAACUUCGAGAGUAUACACUCAAGUGUCUAGACGCGAUAUUCGGCGUGCCUCUCGAUUCGGCGUGUAUCAACUACCAAGCGAUUCCAUUGCUUACUGCCGGCGCAGAGCUGACAGACAGCGACAUGGAUACACGAGAAAGGGUAAUUGAGUUGUCCAAGGGCUUGUUCUCGCGCAAUCGACUCCAAGUAAACAUAUGGGCCAUCGAAUUGCUCGAGGAGCUCUGGGUGUUGCGGGACUUUGGAAUCGCUAUGUCUUGGAUGGAGUUGCAGACGCUCAAGCAAUGGGUCCUUCAAUUUGGGUAA